AAAAUCACAGACAAAUGAAAAUAAACAAAGUACUGUUUACUUUGAUCGGAAAACAAUAGAAUAGCAAUGCCACAGGCAUGCGAGACAAAGAGUUAAGAAGCCUCACUUUUGUUCUUAUCUCUUUUUAUUGAAUGUAAGUAAACGAUAUGCUUCCUUUGGUGCGUCAAAACAGAAGGUGGAUCUUCAAACAAAUUUACAAAUCGAAAAUUUUCAUCAGUUUUUUGAGUGAGAUGGCCCCAACACGAUCAUUUGAUUACCUGGUCAUUGGAGGUGGCAGCGGUGGAAUUGCAAGUGCAAGGAGAGCUGCAGAAUUUGGCGCCAAGGUGGCUUUGGUCGAAAAAGCUAGGCUAGGCGGUACUUGUGUCAAUGUUGGUUGUGUCCCAAAAAAGAUUAUGUUCAAUACUGCAUUUCAUGCUGAACUUUUGAAUGAUAUGAAAGACUUUGGUUUUGAUGUUACCAAUAAUGGAUUUGAUUGGGGCCAUGUUAAAGUUGCAAGAGAUGCUUAUGUCAAGAGACUUAAUGGAAUCUAUGAUGGAAACUUAAACAAGUCUGGUGUUGAGGUUUUCAGUGGGGCUGCAACAUUUGAAGAAGAUGGUAGCUGCAAAGUUGGAGAUUUAACACUAGCAGCUAAGAAUGUUUUAAUUGCGACUGGAGGCUACCCAAUAAUUCCAGAUAUACCUGGAGCAAGGGAACAUGGAAUUACAAGUGAUGGGUUUUUUGAUUUGGAAACAUUACCAAAGAAGGUUGUAGUUGUUGGUGCUGGUUACAUUGCUGUCGAGUUGGCUGGCAUUUUAGGAGUUCUUGGCUCAGAAACCCAUUUGAUAAUCCGGCAAAACCGUGUAUUGAGAACUUUUGACUCAAUGUUAAGUGAAAAAGUGACAGAGGAACUGCUGGAUUCUGCAAAAGUUCAUUUACACCGAUACUCAUUACCGAGCAGUGUUGAAAAAUCUUCAAAUGGCAAAUUUACCCUGAAAUUCACGUCUAGAGAUGGCCCUGAUGAUCCUUCAAGGAACGAAGAAAUUUCCGAUGCUGACUGCGUUUUGUUUGCUGUGGGUAGGAGCCCAAGCAGCCAGAAUAUCGGGCUUGAAAAGUUGGGAAUCAAAACAGACAAACGAGGGCAUAUAAUUGUUGAUGAGUACCAAAACACAAGCAAAAAUGGUUUCUAUGCUCUUGGUGAUGUCUGCGGAAAGGCAUUGCUGACUCCUGUUGCUGUAGCAGCAGGAAGGAGGCUAGCGCACAGAAUCUUCAAUAAUGAGACUGAAUCCAAACUUGACUACAGCAACAUCCCAACAGUUGUGUUCAGUCACCCGACAAUAGGCACUUGUGGAAUGAGUGAAGAAGAGGCGAAAAAGCAAUAUGGGGAAGAUAACAUCAAAAUCUACUCAUCGCAGUUUGUUAAUCUGUAUUUUGCCCUCUCUGAGCAUAAGCCUAAAACAAUGAUGAAGCUAGUUUGCCUCAAGCCAAAUGAAAAGAUUCUGGGGCUGCACAUGAUUGGAAUGGGAUGUGACGAAAUUCUCCAGGGAUUUUCUGUGGCAAUCAAGAUGGGUGCGACAAAGCAAGAUUUUGACAAUACAGUUGCUAUUCAUCCCACUGCCGGAGAAGAGCUGGUCACAAUGAGGUAAAGCAAGUCCAUUUGAUACAAAACUGACAAUAAAAUCACCGCACAAUGUAGGAAAUAUAUUUUGAUUUAGCACUUAUUUUAUAUUAUUUUUAUCGCAAAUUAUCGAAAUGAUAAAAAACAUUAUAAGAAUGAUUAGUCAAUCGUUAA